ACAAGCCACAUAAAAACAGCCAAAGGUGAACUUUAGCAGAGUAGAGGAACCGCUUCAGAGCAUAAAUCCUUCACCAACAGGUCUGACAUGGCAACCAUUCGUCGACAAAUCGUUUACACACCAAAAGCGCCUGUAAGGCAAGGAAUAUACAGCCAGGCGGUGGUGGUGGACAGGACCAUGUACAUCUCGGGUCAGCUGGGGCUGGACGUGGCCUCGGGUCAGCUGGUGGACGGAGGAGUUCAGGCUCAGGCCAGACAGGCUCUAAUCAAUAUGGGCGAGAUCCUGAAAGCUGCUGGCUGUAACUAUAGCAACGUGGUGAAGACCACCGUGCUGCUCAGCGACAUAAACAACUUCAACAGCGUCAACGAGGUCUACAAAACAUUUUUCAGCAGCAACUUUCCUGCCAGGGCCGCCUACCAGGUCGCCGCUCUGCCCCGAGGAGGGCUUGUGGAAAUUGAAGCGGUUGCCGUUCUUGGUCCUCUGUCCGACUCCUGACUAGCCGACCACAUCCCAAACAAGCUGUAGCCAAGCCGUCCCGGGCCCUUUAACGUCCUGUAGGGCCAUCGUUGUGUUUAUGAAACUCAUCUGACUGCAUUGGUUUACAAGACUGACAAAGUUUCUGGCUUCUCAUCUUUUUCUCCUCAGUUUAUACGUGAAAAUGUAACGCGAGUAGGCAAUGACACAAACGCAAAACUAAUAAAAACCAUUCACCCCA